UUUUUUUUUUUUUUUUUUUUUUUUUGCACCGCCGUUGUCCUUUUAUAGGCGCUUUUUUUAUUCCCCCUCCAUCUGGGGAGGGGAAUGGAAUUUGUUUGGUUUCACCCACGAAGGAGGCUAUACGGUCCCCAUUUGCUCUUCUCUCUCUAGUUUUGGCUGGCUUUUUUUUUUUUUUUUUAGGCUCCUCUGAGGAAAGUAUGGGUGGGAGGAGAGUUCUCUGCACAGUGGCCCCGCUCAUGGCCCUUGUGGUGCUGUCACGCGGGUUGGUCCCCCUGUUAUGCGCACCCGCUGUUGUGGAUGCGGGGGAUGAAGGCAGAAGUGCUCCGUUUUUCUGUGUGUGUGUUUCGGUUCUUGUGUUGUUGUUGUUUUCGCUACCGGCGCUCCCGUCUGCUUUUUGGUCCGUCACCCCGCGGCGGAUGGCACAUGCGAAAUGA